UAGCUUACGAAGUGGAGGGAGCAAAAUUAAAACUGUUUUUUCGGACGUGAAGUGGACAAACUCCACACCGGCCAUCUUUGCUAACUUAGCUAGCUCUCCUUGCUAGCGGGAAAAACUCUCCUGGACUCCAUAAAAAAGGUUCAGCUAACUAUCAGAUCUUCAAGCAAAGCCGAAGGUUCAUUCAUUCAUCCAGCCACGUCAUGUAUUAACACCGCCGCUGAGCAAUCAGACCCAGAGGUUCCCCUGGUUGUAUUUGGCUCUCCGGUUUAGCAUUUCACGUCAUCAUGUCGUCGUUUUCUGAGUCUGCAUUGGAGAAGAAGCUGUCCGAGCUGAGUAACUCGCAGCAGAGCGUUCAGACGCUGUCGCUGUGGAUCAUACACCACCGCAAACAUUCAGGCGCCAUCGUCCGUGUGUGGCAUAAAGAGCUGAAAAAAGCCAAAAGCAGCCGGAAGCUGACCUUCCUUUACCUCGCCAACGACGUCAUUCAGAACAGCAAGAAGAAAGGACCCGAGUUCACGCGGGAUUUUGAAGGCGUCCUCGUUGAUGCCUGCUCACAUGUAGCGAGAGAAACAGAUCAGAGCUGCAGGAAGCACAUGGAGAGGCUGUUGAACAUCUGGCAGGAGCGCAGUCUCUACCGCGCAGAUUUCAUCCAGCAGCUCAAACUGGCCAUCGAGGACUCCAACAGCCCCAGACACAAAGCUGCAGCAGAUGAGAAGAAGGGGUUGAAAAGAACGUUCCAGAAGGUUCAGGAAGAGGAAGAGGAAGAUGAUGACGAUGAUUACAGGGCUCAAUAUUCUCCGCACGAGACAGACGCCACCGGCCCACAGCUGACGGAGGAGCUGGUUAAAGCCCUGCAGGAUCUGGAGAACGCUGCGUCCGGCGACGCCACGGUGCGCCAGAAGAUCGCCUCUCUGCCUCAGGAAGUGCAGGACGUCUCUCUGCUGGAGAAGAUCACAGAUAAGGAGGCAGCAGAUAAGCUAUCUAAGACGGUGGAUGAAGCGUGUCUGCUGCUGGCUGAGUACAACGGGAGACUGGCGGCCGAGCUGGAGGACCGCAGACAGCUGGCCCGCAUGCUCACCGAAUACAUCAACAGCCAGAAGGAGGCGCUGAGCGAGAGGGAGAAAAAACUCGAGGAGUACAAGCAGAAGCUGGCGCGAGUCACUCAGGUGCGCAAAGAGCUCAAGUCUCACAUCCAGAGCCUGCCCGACCUCUCGCUCCUGCCCAGCGUCACCGGAGGACUGGCACCGCUGCCCUCGGCGGGAGAUCUCUUCUCCACUGACUGAUCAGUUCUUCUCUCUUCAUCCCUCCAUCCUCAGUCUGGACUCUGAUUCCACCAUCACCAGCCGAUCAGCUGAUACCAGGCCAAAUCCUCACCCUCUGGCCUUUGUGUUCGGAUUUUAGAAGAACAAAAAAAUUUCUGCUGAGUUUUCACCAACACAGCGAACGUGAACGUGACUCUGCUGUCUUAUCAUUAUUAGAAUAUUUUUGGGUUUUUGUUUUUUUAGUUUUACUGUUUUAGGGUGUGAUUUGGCUUUAUUUACUUAUUAAUAAUCCCAUGAGGUGUCUGUAUGGCUUGCUUUUUUUUUUUUUUCCCCUUUUUUUUUUCAUUUGCACAGUUAUACAGACUAGGUAGCUGAAAUAAAUGAAAUAAACAGCUAAGUGACAGACCCUCAUCAUCAGGUUGGAUUGGCACUAAUUAGGACUGGGCGAUAUACUCCGAGUGUGGUGUUAUCACAAUCCUGAACCUUCUUUGGAGAAGUAUAGCUCGUACAUAUGAACCUUUUGUGUUAAAGAAAUAGUAAUAGUUCAUAAAAAAAUCAAAUUUAAACAAGUUUCUAAACGUAGCCGAUCAGCCAUGACGCGUGUGGUUUCUGAUGUUUGCUCCUUUUGGAGCUAUAAUAAGCAAUGGAAAUCUAUCUGAACCAAAAUUUUUCCUCAAACCAUGACGCACUGUGACUUUCUGUAAUCUGUAAAACAUGAACGUUAUGAGGGCGGCCAUCUUGAAUAAUGUAUGUUAUACUGUUUUACCUGGUGCAUUGAUUUGGAGGUGUAUUGAUUAGAAAAGCUUUUGGGUGACAGACUUCUAUUACUUGUUAGUACUUAUGACACUCUGUUAACGAAAUAGUAAUACUUUGGCAAAUGGUCAAAUUUACACAAGUUUCCUCUUACGCCAGAUGGAGCUACGAGAAGUAACGGAAGUCGGUCUCACCCAAAAUGCUUUCUGUAAAUAUCUUCCUCAAACCACGUACAGUUCUCGGAUACAGUGUGACUUCCUGUAAUCCAUAAACAUAAACUGAACUUCACCCUGUUGCUGAAUGCUGGAACAUUGCUUUAACGUUACGAAGGCAGCCAUUUUGGACAGGCUCCGCCUCCCAAAGUUUGAAGAUGUAAUUGCACUUGAAAGCUAGAAGUGAUGUAGAUGCUAAUAGACAGUAUUUCUGUACUGAAUAUACUGUACUGUGUUAUAUAACCCAUUGAUUUUGGUGUUAUUUUUUAAAGAUUUUGGGUGAUUAUAGACUUCCAUUACUUAUCAGCCAAGACAUUUUGGAUGUUUUCUUGAACUGGAACGACAAAAACUAAGAACGGAAAUAUGGAAAUAUGUUUCCUCAAACCAUGAUACAGUGUAACUUCCUGUAAUCUAUAAAUCUGAACUAAACAUCACAGUGUAGCUUAACCCUGGAACGUUUAUGACAGCAGCCAUCUGUCAGCUACAAUCUUCUUUUUUUUUUUUCUUUCACCUCUGAAAGUUUGAUAUUGGAAGUUUAGCUGAUGCAUAAUACCUAAUGCGUUGAUUUGGCUAUGUAUUUAUUAGAAAACGUGGCAUAGAUUUCCAUUACUUGUUAGUACAUAUGAAACUUUUGUCUUAAAUAUUAGUAAUAGUUCAGCAAAAAAAAAAAAAAAAAUCCAAUUCACACAAGUUUCUCCUUACAGAAAAUUUGAGUUCUUGGACACAGUGUGGUUUCCUGGAAUCAAUAAACAUUAACAAAACUUCA